CCACCUAACUCCACCACUCUCCUAUCCUCUAAAACGCCACCGGUUCACUCCGCCGCUCCAACACUCCUUUAACGUCAACACCAAACACAAUUGGAGCAGGAAAAAACUAUCCAACGUAAGUAGCACAGUCAGAGCUUCAGCUGCCGGAGCUUCUGUAAAUCCGGCACCAGCACCGGCAUGGCAAGGAGCAGCCAUAAAGCCUCUCCUAGCUUCCAUAGCAACUGGAGUUAUCCUCUGGUUUGCUCCCGUACCUAGCGGCCUGUCGAAAAACGCUUGGCAGCUGCUGGCAAUUUUCCUGGCCACUAUCGUCGGAAUCAUCACUCAACCACUGCCACUUGGUGCAGUGGCGCUGUUAGGCCUCGGCAUCUCUGUCCUCACCAAAACCUUGACGUUCGCGGCGGCAUUCUCAGGUUUCGGCGAUCCCAUCCCCUGGCUCAUCUGCUUCGCUUUCUUCUUCGCCAAAGGAUUCAUCAAGACCGGCCUCGGAAACCGCGUCGCCUACCAGUUCGUCUCCCUCUUCGGUAGCUCCUCGCUAGGGUUAGGUUACAGCCUAGUGUUCAGCGAGGCCUUGCUUGCGCCAGCUAUUCCAUCAGUUUCAGCGAGAGCCGGCGGGAUCUUCCUGCCGCUGGUGAAGUCUCUGUGCGCCGCGUGUGGUAGCAACCCCGGCGACGGAACAGAGAGGAGGCUAGGUGCGUGGUUAUCGCUGACGUGUUUCCAAACUUCGGUAAUAUCUUCGGCUAUGUUCCUGACCGGGAUGGCGGCUAACCCUCUGUGCGCAAAUCUGACUCAGAGCUCAAUCAAUCAAACAAUUGGUUGGUUGGAUUGGGCCAGAGCCGCCAUUGUUCCGGGUUUAGUGUCGUUGGUGUUAGUCCCUUUGAUAUUAUACAUCAUUUACCCGCCAACUCUGAAAUCAAGCCCCGAUGCUCCCAAGCUUGCGCGUCAGAAGUUGCAGAGCAUGGGUCCUAUGUCUUCUAAUGAGAAGAUUAUGACUGCUACCUUACUUCUUACGGUGGGACUUUGGGUGUUCGGAGGGGUUCUUAACAUAGAUGCAGUUGCAUGGGAUACUCUCACUUGGUUUGCUGCUCUCAUUGCAAUGGCUGCCUACUUGAAUAAAUAUGGCCUCAUUGCUUGGUUCAGCCAAACUGUAGUCAAGUUUGUGGGAGGAUUAGGUCUGUCAUGGCAACUAUCAUUUGGGAUUCUAGUACUUUUGUAUUUCUACUCGCAUUACUUCUUUGCAAGUGGAGCUGCUCAUAUUGGUGCCAUGUUCACUGCCUUCCUCUCUGUCGCCACUGCGCUGGGGACUCCUCCAUUCUUUGGAGCCAUGGUGCUGUCAUUCCUGUCCAAUCUCAUGGGUGGCCUUACCCACUAUGGAAUUGGCUCAGCUCCUGUUUUCUAUGGAGCCAACUAUGUGCCCCUUGCUCAAUGGUGGGGCUAUGGCCUGCUUAUUAGUAUCGUUAAUAUUUUUAUCUGGCUGGGUCUUGGGGGUGUUUGGUGGAAAGUCAUUGGCUUGUGGUAACAAAAUUACAUUGCAGAUUUUUGUACACAUAUUCUAGUUGAGGCCAAUUCUACUCAUCUUUUUUGUAUCAUUCUUUUCUAGAUCCAACGAGUGUAAUUUUACUUGAUUUUUUGAUAUGGAAGCCCAAUAUUUUUCCAACAAACAGUGAAGUCAAGUCGAAUCAAUACUUGAACUUUCUUUUUAU